GUUUUUGGUUGACGAAUUAGGGUUUUCAGAAAAGAAACGCAGCUGUAGCGUUAGAUCCAUGGAGGUGGCUCAGAUUGCUGAGCUUCUGAAUCAGACGCUCAGCCCUUCCGGCGAUGUGGUUCACUCGGCGACCGAAGCUCUCGAUCGCCUCUCUCUCCUCCCUCACUUUCCUUUUUCUCUCCUCUCCAUCGCCAACGGAGGUGGAGAUCAAGGCCAGAGAAUUGCAGCUGCUACUUACCUGAAGAACUUUGCUAGGCGAAAUAUAGAGGGCGGUGAUGGUUCGCAAUCGAAAGUCAGCAAGGAGUUCAAGGACUUGUUGAUGCAGACUCUGCUUCGAUCAGAACCUGCAGUGCUAAAAGUUUUAGUUGAAACAUUCCGGAUAAUUGCAGCUGCUGAGUUUGUUAAGCAGAAUUCUUGGCCAGAACUUGUGCCUGAACUCCGCUGUGCUAUUCAGAACAGUAAUUCCAUAAGUAGUAAUGCAAAUGGUGCAUGGAAUACCAUCAAUUGCCUUGUGGUUCUUCAUUCGCUGGUUAGGCCAUUUCAGUACUUUUUGAAUCCUAAAGUUGUCAAUGAGCCCAUACCACCACAGCUUGAGCAAAUUGCAGGAGAGAUAAUUGUACCUCUGUUGGCAUUAUUUGAUCAUCUUAUUGAAAAGGCUGUAGCGACCCAUGGUAGAAUUGAAGUUGAAACGGAGAAGAUCAUUCUCAUUGUUUGCAAAUGCAUGUAUUUUGCUGUGAGGUCAUAUAUGCCAUCAGCUUUAGCCCCUCUUCUGCCUGCGUUCUGUCAUAAUGUAAUUCGCAUUCUUGGUUCAUUGAGUCUGGACUGCGAUUCUACUUCAGAUGAUGGGUACUUGCUGAGGUUGAAGACUGGAAAAAGGGUUUUGCUAAUUUUCUGUGGACUUGUAACCAGGCACCGGAAAUACUCUGAUAAGUUAAUGCCUGACAUCAUAAACUGUGUUCUGAAGAUUGUCAAGUGUAGCUCAAAUAUUGUUAAACUUGAUUUUCUUUCGGAGAGGAUUGUUUCACUUGCUUUUGAUGUGGUAUCACGUGUUUUAGAGACUGGCCCUGGAUGGAGGUUAGUUUCACCCCAUUUUUCAUUUUUGUUGGACUCUGCAAUCUUUCCUGCAUUGUUACUGAAUGAGAAGGAUAAAAUGGAGUGGGAAGAAGACGCAGAUGAGUUCAUUCGGAAGAAUCUUCCAUCUGAACUUGAAGAAAUUUCUGGAUGGAGGGAGGAUUUGUUUACAGCCAGAAAAAGUGCUCUGAACUUGCUUGGUGUUAUUUCAAUGUCAAAGGGUCCUCCAGUAGGAAGUAAUUCUAGCAGUAGCUCUUUAGCUUCAAGCAAGCGUAAGAAAGGUGAAAAGAAUAAGAGUAAAAAUCAGCGCAAUUCUAUGGGGGAGUUGUUGGUGCUUCCAUUUUUGUUUAAGUUUUCCCUUCCUUCAGAUGCUAAUGCUUCAGAAGCUAGAAUUUCAAAUGAUUAUUUUGGUGUUCUGAUGGCAUAUGGUGGUUUGCAAGAUUUCCUAAGGGAGCAGAAACCUGGAUAUAUAGCAACUCUGCUUCAUUCUCGCGUGCUGCCUCUGUAUUCAGUUUCCGUCUACUCACCAUACUUGGUUGCUGCGGCCAAUUGGAUACUUGGAGAACUUGCAUCAUGUCUACCAGAAGAAAUGAGUGGAGAUGUAUAUUCCUCAUUGCUUAAGGCUUUAGCUAUGCCAGAUGAGGAUAUUUCUUGUUAUCCUGUGCGAGUUUCAGCUGGGGGGGCAAUUGCUGGGCUUCUUGAGAAUGACUACUUUCCACCUGAGUGGUUACCGCUUAUUCAAGUUGUGAUCAGUAGGAUUGGUAAAGAAGAUGAAGAGAACACCAUUUUGUUUCACCUUCUCAGUUCUGUGGUGGGGGCUGGAAAUGAGAAUGUGGCUGUUCACAUCCCUUAUAUUAUCACAUCAUUGGUUGAUGCGAUCUCAAAGUGUAUACAUCCUUCCUUGGAGCCAUGGCCUCAAGUGGUUGUACGAGGCUUCGAAUCAUUAGCAGUGAUUGCUCAAUCUUGGGAAAACUUGAUGCCUGGAGAGGGUGAGCAGGAUAAAUUUAAUGAAAAGUGGGCAGCUAGUCAACCUACCAUCAGCAAAGCUCUGUCAUCUCUCUUACAACAGGCUUGGCUUAUUCAUCCUGUGGACCAGGAAAAUGAAGUGUCUCCGCCUCCAUCAUGCAUAGAUAAUUCAUCAACAUUGCUAAGGUUGAUUAUUCUCUCUGUUACUGGGAAGAAUGAGCUCCUGGAUCUUAAAUUGCCCGAGUUACUACUGGUUUGGGCCAACCUGAUUGCAGAUUGGCAUGCUUGGGAAGAAUCAGAGGAUAUGUCUGUAUUUGACUGCAUCAAGGAAGUUGUUAGUCUGCAUAAUAAAUAUGGCUUGAAGAAUUUUACUACUAGAGAAUUGCCACCUCCUCCUGCUCCACCUGUGGCAGAACGAUCUAUUGUUGAAUCAAUUGCUGCAUUUGUCAGUGAGGCCAUUUCACAGUAUCCAUCAGCAACAUGGAGGGCUUGCUCGUGUGUUCAUAUACUAUUACAUGUUCCAAGUUACUCGUUUGAAAUUGAAGCAGAAGGUGUGAAGAAAUCACUAGUUAUUUCAUUCAGCCAGGCAGCAUUUUCUCGUUUUAUAGGAGUUCGAAGCAAGCCAAAUCCAAUAUGGAAGCCUCUGUUGCUAGCUAUUGCAUCAUGCUACCUGUGUUAUCCUGAUACUGUGGAGGCAAUUUUAAAUAAGGAAGAAAAUGGAGGCUUCGGGAUCUGGGCAUCUUUUCUGGCUUGUACUCGUAAUAUCUCUUCUGAACAUGAUCUAUUGUCGAAGUCUGAGAUAAAGUUAAUAGUGAUGACAUUGGUGAAGGUGGUUGAGAGGCUAUUGGAAAUAGGAAACUCAAGUGGUGUAUUGUUACAUGAUUGCUUUAGUUCACUGAUUGAGACAUCUAUACAACUAAAAGAAUUCCAUGAAGAAGUGGAAGAUGAAGAAAAUGAUGAAGCUGAAGAUGAUGAAAAUGGUGAUGAUGACAACUGGGAAGACAUCCAAGAUGAUGAUGAGGAUUCUGAGAGUGAUGAACAUGAAGAAACUGAACAAGAGUUUUUGGAAAGGUAUGCUCAAGCAGCCACUGCCUUAGAGAACGGUACAAUUGUUGAAGAAGGUGAUAUCGAAGACCAAGAACAUGAGGUUGAGUUGGGUGCUUUGGAAGAAGUUGAUCAGCAGAGUAUUGUCUUGUCAUUGAUAAGCAGAUACUACAACGUUCUUAUACAGGGACAAUCUUUGUCGUCCCAGCUGGUUACGAGAUUCUUAAAUGCUUUCCCUGAGAGUAGUUUGUUCUUCCAGCAAUCCAUGUGACAGAAUGUUUAAUGAUGCUGCGAAUAAAAUUGGUAGAGGAAGAAGAGUGAUAUUUGUAUCUUCAUGAUUUUUUUGUAUUUUGGGUUGUAGUUUUAAUUUUCUUGGAUGUUCUGCUAGGGUUUUUCUUUAGAUUUUUUUUUUCCCAUACAAAGAGGCAGAAUCUUCAUGAUUAUCCGUAUUUUAGCUCGUAUGUUUUAGUCAUUCUCGUCAGUCGUCAGUCCAUGAGAAGCCAGCAGCACCUCCAUGACAUAUACA